UACUGCUCGUAUCAUGAUCAUGUGGCUCGAUCUACUGGCACUGUUGGGCUUGAUCCUCAUGUACAGAUGGUACAGACAGAGUCAGAUACUGGAGAAUCUCACAGAUAAAUAUGUCUUCAUCACCGGAUGUGAUUCGGGUUUUGGGAACCUGCUGGCAAGGAAUCUGGACAGACGUGGAAUGAGGGUUCUGGCUGCCUGUCUGACGGAUAGAGGGGUUGAAGAACUGAGGAAGGAAACUUCAAGCAGAUUACAGACAGUGAUUUUAGAUGUUACUGACAGUCAGAGCGUUAGUUCUGCUGCCAAAUGGGCAUCUACCAUUGUUGGUGACAAAGGACUGUGGGGCCUGGUAAACAAUGCAGGCGUUAGUGUCCCGUCUUGUACCAAUGAGUGGUUGAAAAAAGACGAUUUUUUUAAGGUCCUAAAUGUAAACCUAUUGGGGGUUAUUGAUGUGACAAUCAAUCUCUUACCAUUGAUCCGGAAGGCCAAAGGACGAAUAGUCAAUGUUUCCAGUAUUGUAGGAAGAAUAACUAUUUCCCCUGGGGGAUACUGCAUGUCCAAGUAUGGUGUAGAGUCGUUUUCGGACAGUCUGAGGCGUGAGAUGCGACCAUUUAAAGUGAAAGUAUGCAUUUUGGAGCCUGGGUUUUAUAACUCAAAUAUAACCAGCGGAGAAUUGAUACAGAGGGAUAUGAAAAGGAGCUGGGAAAGCCUUUCAGAAGAAGUAAAACAAAGUUAUGGAGAUGAGUAUUAUAAAAAAUGUCUUUCCUACGUUGAUGGAUUUGCACAAAAAUGUAACAAAAACCUGUCCCUAGUCACAGACUGCAUGGAGCAUGCUCUGACUGCGGUUCAUCCCUGGACUCGAUACACUGCAGGCUGGGACGCCAAGCUCAUCUUCAUACCUCUCUCCUACCUACCUACAGUAAUCCUGGACUUUCUCCUAACCAUUGGUCAGCCUAAACCAGCUCAGGCGGAUUGAUCUAUUUUCUCAAAUUCUAAUGGUUGAAACAUAUUGCAGUGUUUAUUAGAUCCUUAUUAGUGUGACACAUUUUCCUAAAGCACGUUGGUAUAUAAAGUAUAUAAUAUAUAAAGCUAAAAACUAAACAAUUAUAGGAUCUUUACACAGGAAAUUAAUAUUUCAAGUUCAAUGUAGCAAAACCACAAUAUAAAACAAAAUAAAUUUUGAAACUAUUACAUGAUUUGCAAUUAUUAUUAUAUCAGACUUUAGAGGUAUCCAGUAAACUUAUAUACAGAAUUGUGUAACGUUUACUCAUUGGUUAUAAUAUGAUAAGUAGAAAUUACAUUUUAAAACAUGUUUUGUGAACAAUUUCCACAAUAAAAACCUUUGGAAACAAACUAAAUAAUGUACACUACUGACAAGUUAUUAAUCUUGGGAAAAAAAGAAAAUAAAGUAAAUCCAGGUGCACACUCUAAGCACUAAAAACGUGUAAUCAAUUAUAAACAUAAAAAAACUUGACAAUUUAACAUGGAGUGAAA